AUGGCGGAACAAUCUUCGGAAAUUCCCAGCACUCUCUCUUCGGGAAUGGAGGCCGUUUCGAUUACAUCAACUCAGGCAUCUUCUUCUGCCGCUGGAUUACAGAUGAGCGAAGAGGUUGAGAAGAGAUACCAGAUUGUUAGGAGCAUCGGUGAGGAAUGCAUACAAGAGGAAGAGCUGAAGAAUCUUCUUGCUAAGAAAGCUGCUCCGAUUUGCUACGAUGGGUUUGAACCAUCAGGAAGGAUGCACAUCGCUCAGGGAGUGAUGAAGGUUAUCAAUGUGAACAAAUUGACUUCAGCUGGUUGCCGAGUUAAAAUCUGGAUUGCUGAUUGGUUUGCUCAGUUGAACAACAAAAUGGGCGGUGACUUGAAGAAAAUCAGAGUGGUUGGAGAAUACUUCCAAGAGAUAUGGAAGGCAGCUGGGAUGAACGAAGAUAAAGUAGAGUUCUUGUGGUCGUCCGAGGAAAUUAAUGCUAGGGCGGACAAGUACUGGCCCCUUGUGAUGGACAUUGCUCGCAAAAACAAGCUCCCUAGAAUCUUAAGGUGUGUGCAGAUUAUGGGACGUAGUGAGACCGAUGAGCUGAGUGCUGCCCAGAUCCUUUACCCAUGCAUGCAGUGUGCAGAUAUUUUUUUCCUUGAGGCUGAUAUUUGCCAGCUUGGGAUGGAUCAAAGAAAAGUAAAUGUGCUAGCAAGAGAAUACUGUGAUGACAUCAAGAGGAAAAACAAACCGAUAAUCUUGUCGCACCAUAUGCUUCCUGGUCUCCAACAAGGACAAGAAAAGAUGUCCAAAAGUGAUCCAUUAUCUGCCAUCUUUAUGGAAGAUGAGGAGGCUGAAGUUAAUGUGAAGAUCAAGAAAGCUUACUGUCCUCCCAAAAUUGUGCAAGGCAAUCCAUGCCUUGAAUACAUCAAAUUCAUCAUUCUACCGUGGUUUGAUGAGUUCACAGUUGAGAGAAAUGAAGAAUAUGGUGGUAACAAGACCUACAAAAAUUUUGAAGACAUUGCUGCUGAAUAUGAGAGCGGCGAGUUGCAUCCCGGGGAUCUAAAGAAAGGCCUGAUGAACGCGCUGAAUAAGAUAUUGCAACCUGUUCGUGAUCAUUUCAAAACAGACGCCCGCGCCAAGAAUCUGCUCAAACAGAUCAAGGCUUACAGAGUUACCAGAUAA